AAUAUCUAUGAAAGAAAACUGUGCACAAACAACUAGAGUAUGUGUGGUCGAUCAAAUAAGAACCAUGGAAUUAACCAGUAAACUCUGCUUUAUUUAAACCACAUUGAUCAUGUUACAGCUCAUGUUUUUAUGCACAUUUAGAAUUAACGCUGUGAUGUUGCCACAUACCCAGAUGUUUCCGUUACAAAUAAGAGAGAAUAGCAAAAUUACAUAAGACCCAUGUUGUAAUUGUCUGAAGCUAUUCUUUAAUUGUAUUAUAAUUUUAUCUUUCUUUGAAAUUCAACCAGAGGGACUGACAGUGAAAUGAACGUCAUCCAGUUUCUUUACAUGUCUAGUGACCUUGAUCAAUCUCGAACUUGUGGAUUGUGUGUGUGUUGGGAGUUUGCACAUAUGAUUCAUCUCAUCUGAUAAGAAAUUCAAGAGAAGUCUUAACAGGAAGUCUAAGAAGUCUUAACAGGAAGUCCAAUAAGAAAAAAAAGUGACAAAACUUUCUUUCACUUCUCAUAAAUCGCCCUGUUUUUCAAAAAAACAGCAGAAAACACAGAGAGAGAAGGAAUCGUGCUAACUGCUUUCCAGAACUGCUGUCUGUCAAGAAUCUUUACAGAAUGAAGAACACGUCUUGUCCUCGCAUCAGCUUUGACUUCACAGGCAGAUUCCUGCCUCCUGUUUUCAUCUCAGUAUUCAUCAUUGGUCUGGUUGCUAAUGGAUGGGGAUUGAAGACUUUGCUGCAGAAAUGGAAGAAACUAAAGAUCAUCAAUGUGUUUGUUCUCAACCUUGGACUUGCAGAUAUGUUGUAUCUGCUCACACUGCCAUUUUUGGUGGAUUACUACAUCAGGGACAGUCAGUGGAUCUUUGGAGAUGCAUUCUGCAAGAUAACAAGAUUCUGCUUCAACCUGAAUUUAUACGGCAGCAUUGGAUUCCUCACUUGUAUAAGUGUAUACAGGUACCUGGCUGUUGUUCAUCCAAUAAGAGUGAUAAGAUUAACUGUCACCCAUUCUGUGACUAUCUCAGUCAUGGUUUGGCUGUUGGUGGGUGUUCAGUGUCUUCCAGACAUGUUCUACACCAAAACAUUUGGGAACAAGCCUGGGAAAUGUUACGAGACCACCCAGAAAGCUUUUGUCGAGGAUUACCUGAAAUACAGCCUUGGAUGGACACUGACAGGGUUUUGUAUCCCAUUCCUCAUCACACUGGGCUGCUAUGGACAUGUGAUUGUUGUUCUCUGCCGCAAAAAUACAACCGACAAGGUACUGAAACAGAAAUGCCUGAAGUUGUUGUUUAUUUUGAUCCUUCUCUUCUCUGUUUGUUACAUCCCAUUUCAUGUGUUAAAGAACCUAAAUCUCUGGUCAAGAGUUCUGAGUAAGAUGCUUUGCCGUGAAUGGUCUAAUGGAGUUUACAUCGCUCAUCAGAUAAGUCGUGGCCUUGUGUGUCUGAACAGUGCUCUCAACCCUCUGGUUUAUCUCCAUGGAAAUGAGGAAAUUCCUGCUCAGCUCAGACAGCAGCUCCAGCAAGCUCAUCAGAUGUUCAGUCGUUUCCUUCCAUCAGACUCUGGCUCUGUGUCUGUGUCUGUGACACAGAUCUGAAUCUUAACACAAGUGAACAUGUUACAUCGCAAUUCUGUGUUAAAAAAUAAUGUGUAAGAUGUGUGUAUAUGUAUAUAUAUUGUUUUUAUAAACAAAAAAUAGUCACCAGUCACCUUCCCCUUUUUUUGUGACUUCCAUAAUCUGAGCCAAUGCAUCAUACAAAUAAAUGAUUAAUUAAAAGAGGAAAUUAACAUUGUGAACCUAAUUCAUGAUACACUUUAAUUACAUUUGGGAAAUUUGCAGAGAGAUAAUUUGUUGAAACUGGUUUUACAUGAAUUUGAAUUUCCAGCACAUCCCCACUCAUUUUUUUCCUUUAGAUCCUUUAUAAUAUAUGGUUCCCUGCCGGUACUCUGUGAAAUACUGCUCUGUUUCUCUCAUUCUUAAAAUCUCAUCAUCUGUCAUC